AUGGUGGACAAAUUUACUCGAGAGCGAUCUAGAGUUCAAUUUGCUAGGGUUCUUGUGGAGAUGAAUAUAACAGAUAAUUCUCCUCGGAUUAUACAAUACCUUAAUGAUAUUGACUGUAGGAAGGGGAUGAAGACUCAGUGGGUCAAGAAGGAAGUUCAGCACAAAAUUACUACUGAGGAGGGGAGUGACAAGGGAAACCAACUCACGGUUGAUGCUCCUGAUUUGAUUAAGGGAUCUAUUAGCGCCACUAAUGCUUUUGAUGGAAAAAAAAUCAGUGGAGAUACUUGGCAAACCCCAAAGAAAGUGGUUCUUCAUUCCAAACUGGGACAAACUGAUAUUGAUAACAUUUCGGCUGCCAAGGUUCAGAAUGGACAAGGACAGAACAACAAAAAUACAUUUGAAGUUCUUCAAGGGCAAGUGGAGGGUGAGACAGGAGAUAUUUGUAGAAGUAAUAAAGUGGGUGUUGGUGCUCUGUUGGAAACAAAAAUGAGGGGGAAUAAAGUCACUGAGCUGAUGACUCAUAAACUUACUAACUGGGAUUUUUAUUCCAGUCCUGUUACUGAAGGAAGAAUAUUGAUCAUUUGGAGAAAGAUCUUUGUGAGGGUUAUUGUUAUAGAGGAGACCAAUCAGUACGUUCACUAUCAUAAAGAAUUAAAAAAGGUGGUGCUAGACAGCUGGAGGAAGCCGAUUAAUGGUACUGGUUUGAAGGCUAUUUACUUGAAGACCAUGAGACUUAAACACAGCUUGAAGAAGUUUAACAGGGAUAAUAUUGGGGAUAUAGGUGUGAACUAUCAGAAAGCUAAGGAUCGUUACCAGGAAGCUCAACUCCAAGCUCAGAAACAUCCCAGGGACUCUGUUUUCCAAGAGAUUGAAGCGGCUGCUGUUGUAGCUUUCAAUGUUCAGGAGCAAAUAAGUUUUAUGGGUAUCCCCAGCUCCACCACUACACAGAUCAACUUACAGUGUAUUGAGACGGGUAACAAACUCUCGGUUGAUCAACAGCUUUCUCUCUUGAAACCGUUCUCUUAUGAGGAAAUCAAAACUGCAUUUUUUAGUAUUCCCAUCAACAAGUCUCUGGGACCUGAUGGGUUUGGUUAUGCUUUCUUCAAGGUUUUAUGGUUGGACAUUGGAGGAGAUAUAUGUAGAGCAGUUGGUCAUUUCAAUGAAACGGGGCAAUUUCCAUCCGAGCUUCAUAAUACAACCAUUUCAUUGGUCCCUAAAACAGAUAACCCUGCUCGGGCAGUAGACUACAGGCCUAUUGCUUGUUGUUCCAUAAUAUACAAGUGUAUUUCUAAGCUUUUGUGUUCCCGUUUGGACAAGGACCUUCCUAGUUUAGUUCAACAAAACCAAGGUGCCUUUAUUCAGGGUAGAUCGAUUGCUCAUAAUAUCUUGAUAUUCCAAGAUUUAAUCAAGAAUUAUGGAAAGAAAACUACCUCUCCUAGAUGUGCCAUCAAGAUUGACCUAAGCAAAGCUUAUGACACUGUUGAUUGGUGGUUCCUUGAAGAACUAUUGAAGUCCUUAUGUUUCCCUAUGAGGUUUAUAGGUUGGAUUAUGACCUGUCUAAAAAACACAACUUACUCCUUGCUUAUGAAUGGACGAGUUCAAGGUAGCUUUAAAGGUGAGAAAGGGAAGCGACAAGGAGAUCCUAUCUCUCCUCUUAUAUUUGUACUAAUAAUGGGGUAUCUUACUCGGAGACUUCAACUGGUAGCUCAAAGGUCUACAUUUAGAUAUCACCCUAUGUGGCAAAGCCUUAAACUUCUAAGUCUGUGCUUUGCGGAUGACUUGAUUUUAUUUUUCAAAGGGACUCAAUCUACUGUUAGGGUGCUUAAAGUAGCUCUAGAGGAGUUUAGCUCAACUACAGGGCUCCAUGUUAAUACUAGCAACUCUCACAUUUAUUUUGGGGGAGUGACUACAGUGGAUAGAAAGACCAUAGCUCAUGAGAUUCAACUUAGUGAAGGGUCAUUUCCUCUCAAAUACUUGGGAGUUCCUAUGCAGCCUACUAAGUGGAAACCUGAGGAUUGUGGCAUUAUUAUCCAAAAGAUCAAACUGAGUGUUGUUAAGGAAGUUGAGAAGCUUUGUCGUGGCUUUCUUUGGGGUCUCAAUGGUAAUAGAAGUAAGAUUCACAUAGCCUCUUGGAAGAAAGUUUGUCUCCCUAAGGCUUAUGGUGGUCUCGGUUUCAAGGAUGGUUCCAAUUGGAAUCGUGUUAUUUUAGCGAAAUAUAUUUGGGCCAUUUCAGAGAAGCAUGAUCUGCUAUGGGUCAAGUGGAUUAACUCUGUUUAUUUAAAAGACUCCAACUUUUGGGAUUACAAGCUGAAAUCAGAUUCGAGUUGGUAUUGGAGAAAAAUUGGUCACUUGAGGGGAAAAUUUAGCCAAUUUGAAGUGAGUGCAGCUGGUUUAACAAGGACGUUUAGAGCUUCUAAACUCUAUAGCAAUUCUCUUUGCCAACAACAGGUUGAUUAUCAACAAGUAGUUUGGUGCAAGAUGUCUCUCCUUAAGCACAGAUUUUUACUUUGGCAAGUUGUGAACGCUCACCUACUUACUAGAGAUCUCAUGAUCAGAGGAACUGAAAUAGAUGCAUUUUUGAUGGUUAUUCUUGGACUGCUGAUUGUAUAG